AUGGCUGCCCCCGCUCAGAGGUCCAAGGUCGCCGACAUCUCUCUGGCUGCCUUUGGCCGCCGCGAGAUUGAGCUCGCCGAGAUUGAGAUGCCUGGUCUCAUGGCUAUCCGCCGCCGGUACGCCGAGGACCAGCCCCUGAAGGGUGCCCGCAUUGCCGGUUGCCUUCACAUGACCAUCCAGACCGCUGUCCUCAUCGAGACCCUCACCGCCCUUGGUGCUGAGGUCACCUGGACCAGCUGCAACAUCUUCUCCACUCAGGACCACGCUGCUGCCGCCAUUGCUGCCUCCGGCGUCCCUGUCUUCGCCUGGAAGGGUGAGACCGAGGAGGAGUACCAGUGGUGCUUGGAGCAGCAGCUUAACGCUUUCAAGGAUGGCCAGAAGCUCAACCUCAUCCUCGACGAUGGUGGUGACCUGACCGCUCUCGUCCACAGCAAGUACCCUGAGAUGCUCAAGGGCUGCUACGGUGUCUCCGAGGAGACCACCACCGGUGUCCACCACCUUUACAGAAUGCUCAAGGAGGGCAAGCUCCUUGUUCCUGCGAUCAACGUCAACGACUCGGUCACCAAGUCCAAGUUCGACAACCUGUACGGUUGCCGUGAGUCUCUCAUCGAUGGUAUCAAGCGUGCCACCGAUGUCAUGAUUGCCGGCAAGGUCGCCGUUGUUGCCGGUUACGGUGAUGUCGGCAAGGGCUGUGCCGAUGCUCUCCGCAGCAUGGGUGCCCGUAUCCUCGUUACCGAGAUUGACCCCAUCAACGCCCUUCAGGCCGCUGUCCAGGGCUACCAGGUUGUCACCAUGGAGGAGGCUGCUCCCCAGGGUCAGAUCUUCGUCACCACCACCGGUUGCCGUGACAUUCUCGUUGGCAAGCACUUUGAGGUUAUGCGCAACGACGCCAUUGUUUGCAACAUUGGUCACUUCGACAUUGAGAUUGACGUUGCCUGGCUCAAGGCCAACUCCAAGUCCGUCCAGAACAUCAAGCCCCAGGUUGACCGCUACCUGAUGCCCAACGGCCGCCACAUCAUCCUCCUUGCCGAGGGCCGUCUGGUCAACCUUGGCUGUGCCACCGGCCACUCUUCCUUCGUCAUGUCCUGCUCCUUCUCCAACCAGGUCCUUGCCCAGAUUGCUCUGUUCAAGGCCGAGGACCAGGCGUUUGGCAAGAAGUACAUCGAGUUCGGCAACACCGGCAAGAAGCCCGUCGGUGUCUACGUUCUUCCCAAGAUCCUGGACGAGCAGGUUGCUCUGCUCCACCUGGAGCACGUCAACGCCAAGCUGUCCAAACUCACUCCCGUUCAGGCCGAGUACCUUGGUCUGGAUAUUGCCGGUCCUUUCAAGAGCGAGAUCUACCGCUACUAA